AUGGGUGCUGGAUCCUCACCGCCAGGGAACAAACCCUCCGCAAUUCCCUCUCAUAUGUUGAACGGCAGUUCGCCCCUCCAGUCCUCCACAAGCCCUGGCAAGACCAGCCGAGCCAGGGAUGCUCGUGAACGGGAGAGCCUCAAUUCCUCAAUCCGCUCUUCGUUUGCUCCCCGUGUUCCUUUGGGCUUUGAAUCCUUGGAGGACUCCGAGUCUGCCGCCCCCACGGAUGAUGCCACUCGCCGUGAGGAAGUGGGGGUAUCUCACAAUACUCUGGCUAUUCGAGGCCGUCCCAGCUUGAAUGACCCUCCCCGUGACCCCCGAGACGAAGCCGGCUCGUUGACCCCUCCAAAUACUUCCAGUCGCCCCGCUAGUCCUUAUACAUUGAACCCCCCCCGUCGAUUUCGACGGACUGAGCUGGCCCUUCCUGAGGAGCAGGCUGAGCGACUUCAAAAACUUUCAGGUGCCGUCCGAACAAUUCUGGAAUGUGUUGGAGAAGACCCCGAACGCGAAGGUCUUAGAGAGACUCCCGAGAGGUACGCUAAAGCUAUGUUGUAUUUCACUAAGGGUUACGAAGAGAAUGUACGAGACCUUGUGAACGGGGCUGUCUUCCACGAAGACCAUGAUGAGCUGGUUAUCGUCAAGGAUAUUGAUGUAUUUUCCCUGUGUGAGCACCACAUGGUGCCAUUCACCGGCAAGAUGCAUAUCGGCUAUAUCCCGGAUCGCCGAGUCCUAGGCUUAUCCAAGUUGGCCCGCCUGGCGGAAAUGUUCUCUCGCCGCCUUCAAGUCCAAGAGCGUCUGACAAAGCAGGUUGCCUUGGCAAUCUCGGAAGUCCUUAAGCCGCGUGGCGUCGGUGUUGUCAUGGAAUCUUCCCACCUCUGUAUGGUUAUGCGCGGUGUGCAAAAGGUCGGCAGCACGACGACCACCAGCUGUAUGCUUGGCUGCAUGCGUUCCAGCGCCAAGACUAGAGAGGAGUUCUUGACCCUUUUGAACCGCCGGUAG